GUGAGGACAGUGCUUGGCCUUGUUGGGCGCCCCUGGUUUGGUUUAUAUGGAAACAGGUACCCAAAACAAAGGUUUUGAACGAGUCUCUUCUAGUGUCUUACAGAAGAAACGCCCACUGAACAAUAAGCAUAUAUACCUCCUCAGUCUUCCACUUAAUCAUACACUUGUCAUAUUGCAUAUAAUACACAGAGAAAAGAGGGCUUCUGUCAAAGUUUGAGGACUGAUAAAUUUGACCUUUGAGGUGGCAGCGAUAGAAAAAGAGAGAAAUAAGAGAAGGGAGAUGAUACUGGUGGCGAUAGUGGCGGAGAUGAUGCAGGAAUACACGGUGCUGUUGGCGAGGGUGCUGGAGCAUCUUUUCCAUUCCGUGCCGUUCCCAAGGCGGGUUCGUUUUCUCAUCCUCCACAGUCUUCCUUUCUCGUCCUCAAAUCCUGUACCCGCCUAAUUCUCUCUACCCCCCCCCACAAAAAAAAAAAAAACACCCCUCCUUUUUCUUCUUCUUUUUCCAGUUCUUCAUAUUGUUUUCACGCUUGGCAGCUUCGUAGCGUAGAAUCUUGAGUUGCGGGGUUUCUGAAUUUUUGUACACAUUAUUUUGAACCUUUUUUUUGUUCUGUAGUUCUGUUAAUUGUUAUUUCUGUUCUUGGGCAUCAAGGUCCAUUGUAUGAA